GUCAACAACAAAUGUCAACAAGGGCCAAGGUAUCAUUAUCAGCUGGAAUCAAAUAAUUCUUAUAGGUAUCGAUUGAUAAUUUUAAGACUUGUAUUAUAUAAAAUACAUAAUUUAAGCGACCUAAAUACAUUAUCAAUACCUUAUAUUUCAGGUUCUCAUAAGAAGUUGCUCAAACAUUUACAAAAUGUUUUGUUCAACAGUUGCAAAAAGAAUAACUGCCCAAGGAAUUAGAACGGCAAAUUAUGUGACAAAACCACCCAAGCCAGAAAUCCCAACAAAUCCACUAGCUUCCGUUUAUUCAGCUACUCACCAAAAAACAAAUGGUAUUGUCUAUGAUAAGAAGCCCUUUAAAAUAGCAUUAGAAGCUGGUAAAACUUAUAGCUGGUGUUUAUGUGGAAGAUCAAAGUCCCAGCCAUUCUGUGACGGAACACAUAGGAACAUAUACCUUAAAAUUACAGAAAAGCCAAUUAGAUUUACAGUGACAGAAUCAAAGGACUACUGGCUGUGUAACUGUAAACAGACCAAGAAUAGGCCCUUCUGCGAUGGAACACACAAACAGAAGGAAAUCCAAGAAGCAACCACUAUCAGACUGUAAAAUGUACCUGUGCUUUGUACAGAAUAUUAUUUAGUUUUACAACAUAAUUAUUAGAGUUUAGGUUACUAACAGAUUAAGCAAAAAUAAAACAUUUUACAACAGAGA